AUGGCAGACCUCGACCUCCAAGCCGUCCACGACGAGAUGGUGGCCAUUGCCUACGAAGCCGGCCGGAUGAUUCUCAGCGCCAACCCGGCUGAUCUCGACACUGGCACCAAGCUCAACUCCGUCGACAUCGUCACCGAAGCCGACCAGGCGGUCGAGAAGAUGGUGUCCAGCAGACUGGCUGCAUCAUUCCCAUCCGUUUCUUUCAUGGGCGAGGAGACAUACAAGCCCGGCAUGAGACUCGGACCGGAGCCCACCUUCGUCGUUGAUCCCAUCGACGGCACCACCAACUUUGUCCACUCGUUCCCAAACGCCUGCAUCUCCCUCGGUCUCGCCGUCCAACGGUCUCCCGCCGUCGGCGUCAUCUACAACCCCUGGCAGGACCUCCUAUUCACAGCCAUCAAGGGCAAAGGCGCCUUCAUGACCCGGCACAAGGCCACGACUCCUCAACAGCUGCCCCUUGCCAAAUCUCCCCGGCCCCUCCAAGGUCUGGGGGCAUCACUGAUUGCAGUUGAAUGGGGCUCCGACCGUGAGGGUUCCAAUUUUGACCUCAAGGCGGACGUUUUCAAGAAACUGGCUGCCAGUAGGGAAUCGGGCGGCGCCAUGGUGCACUCGCUUCGAUCUCUGGGAUCGGCCGCUCUCAACAUUGCCGCCGUGGCUGCCGGACAGAUGGACGCCUACUGGGAGGGCGGAUGCUGGGCCUGGGAUGUCUGCGCCGGCUGGUGCAUCCUCACGGAAGCCGGGGGCAAGAUGGUGAGCGGGAACCCGGGAAACCGGGAUCCGGAGCUGGAGUCGAGGGUUUAUUUGGCCGUGAGGGGCGCGCCAACGGGCCAAGACGAGCUGGUGGAUGAGUUUUGGAAAGUUAUUGGUGACCGAAAACUGGACUACUCUGUUUGA